UUUUUCAGACGACGAGCUGCUGAAGAGUUAGUUGCGGCUGCGGAAAAGCGUAAAAAAGAAGAAGAAUUCGCAAAGAAUUAUGAGGAAUCUCGUGAUGAACGGCGUGGCACAUGGCGACAGUUUAUGGCGAAGAAAGCACGUAAAGAAGGUGAAGGCAAAUCGUUACGAGGCACCGCAUUCAGACCACCGAAACUCAGACUUGAAACCAGCAGUGGAAAAUAGUGAAAAUUUAUUUGUGUUUAUUCCUUCGGUAUCUGAUUGUUAA